AGUCUUUCAGCACCCGCAGUACACACUGAAGAUGGCAAAGAUUAUCUUCUACGAAGACAGGAACUUUCAGGGCCGUUCCUAUGAGUGCAGCUCUGACUGUUCUGAACUGAAUGUAUUCUUCAGUCGCUGCAACUCCAUCCGAGUGGAGAAUGGAAAUUGGAUGCUUUAUGAGCGUCCAAACUACACUGGACACCAGUACUUUGUGAAAAGAGGAGAAUAUCCUGACUGCCAACGCUGGUCUGGUCUUACUGAUUCAAUCAGGUCCUGCCGUUUGAUCCCCCAGCAUCAUGGUUCAUUUAGAAUCAGGAUCUAUGAAAGGGAGGACUUCAGAGGACAAAUGAUGGAGUUUACUGAAGACUGUCCACAAGUGAAUGAGGAAUUCAACUAUCAUGACAUCCACUCCUGCAAUGUGCUUGAAGGUCACUGGAUCUUCUAUGAACUACCCAACUACAGAGGACGUCAGUAUUACCUGAAACCUGGGGAAUACAGAAGAUUCACUGACUGGGGUGCCAUGAAUUCCAGAGUUGGAUCCUUUAGACGCAUCACUGACCUGUACUAAAAUUAUGAUUUUUUUCCAAUUGCUUAAACUGAUUACUGUCUACCUAAUAAAGUCAUUUUCCUUCAGGUUUAACAUA